AUUCAUCACAGUCCCUUUUGACCUUGCACUUGGCCGUUUGUAAACUAUGGAUUUAGACACUCCUGCGGCAGGCUCUGACGCUAAUAAAUCGGAAGACGAUCAAAUGGUACUCAAGGAUGAACCCGUAGUUCAGCAACAGCAACAACAGAAUCAAUCGUCAUUGGAGGAAAACCAAGUCUCUGAAACGGACGAACAACAACCACAACAAGAAGCGGUGCCGCCACAGACAGAGCAACGCGUUGAGCCAUCGCAAGCGGAACCAUCCGAAGCUUCCCCGGCCGAUGCCAGCCUUACGGAGACUCAGUCUCAAGAGCAAGACCGCGGUACUGAAAAUCAAGAAUCUGCGGACAAUACAACGAAUGCUGCCGACGUGACGAUGGACGAAGCACAGAAUGACCAGACUGUGAAUACCAAUGCAGACGCCAACAACAUUCCAGAAAACACGGAAACACCAGGUUCUCGGAAUCAUGACGUAACAGAAACAGAUGCUAUGGAUGUUACUGCGUCGACACCGGCCGUGCAAGAAGGGGACCCGAAGGAGACCCACCAGGAGAUGCCGACACCCAAUGCACCGGCUUCAUGGCAAAUUCCAGUGGCAGCUCUUCAGCAACCGAAAAACGAACCAAAAACAGAAGCUCCUCGCAUCAAUCAGAAACGCGAACGAUUGGAGCAACGCAUCAAAGAGUCCACUGAUGAUGUGGACGCAUGGACAGCUCUCAUUGCCGACAUUCAACAAACAGGCGAUCUAGCAGCAAUACGCGAUGUCUUUGAACGCUUUCUCCAAGUUUUUCCUACUUCGGUAAGUAUUCUUUCUUAUCAUUUCUUUGAUAUUAUUAAAAUGGUAUCGCCCGCGUCUCUUCAAUUGUGAAAAUUUGGUUGCAUCUCUCUCUCUAUCUCUCUCGCACUUUUCUGUGUAUUUUGGUUGCUUUUUGAAGGCUGUUCACAUGUAUACAACGAUUUUGGUGUUGGACGACGGAACGGACAAUCUUAUCACGACCCUGUAUUCAAUCAAUCAUCGAUCAUUGAAUGAACUGGUGUCAUGAAAGGUAAAGUGUGCAUCUAGGUGGGUAUAUGGAGACUCCACAAGUCCCUUUCUCUGUUUUUCUUUUCAUAUUCUUUCUAUUCUUUCUUUUCCUACUUAUGAUUCGAUAUGCGUCUACUUUUGGCACUUCCUGACAGGAAAAGAUUGGUCAUUGGAUACGCAGAAUAAAAGCGCCUCAGAAUCCUCCCUCUGCGUGGAAAACUCCCUUGUAUCCCACUUUGUGUUAUGAUGUCGUCUUUUUUUUUUUUUUUCUUU